AUGGAUAAUGGUUUGUGGGAAAUAAGCAUGAUUCUGACAUGCGACACUGAUCCUCAGCUGAUGCAACUCACAGACUAUAUGAAAGCCACAGUAGGGGAAUUCACAGGAGUACCAAAACUAGCACAACUGCUUGCAAGGAUGGGUGCAUGGGAUACAGGCACAGAGAUUUAUGAAAUACUACUUGCAACCACUGACAAAAGUAAUGUUGAUGAGAUCGCACACAUACAAAACCAGCUAGGUUAUCUGGCGUGGCAAAAGAACGAGCUCGACCUAGCACUAACAUACUAUGAACAAUCACUUUCCAACAGGACGAACCGUCAAUCCUCUCGAGUAGCUCUUACCUACAGAAACAUAGGCUUGGUACUCAGGGACAAAGGUGAGCAUGACAAAGCUCUUGAAUAUUACCAAGAUGCGCUUGCAAUAGAUCUCGGUGCAGAUCCACCAAACCAAGAACAAAUUGCCUAUGGAUAUCACCAGAUUGGGGUUAUUUACCAAAUUCAAGGUCUUUUCAACGAAGCACAAGAGAGUUACGAUCGUGCACUAGAAAUCCGUCUCAAACAUCUUCCUUCUAAUCAUCCACACUUCGGUACUGGUUAUGUUGACAUCGGUGGGCUCUCCUUUGCUAGGCAAUGUUUUUCAGAGGCUUUGACAAGUUACAAACUAUGUUUCACUAUCUACGAAAACUCUUUACCGCCUUACCAUCACAACAUCGCCGUCGCACAUUAUAAUAUAUCAGUCACUCACUCUAAACUCGAACAACACGUUGAAGCGUUUGAACAUGCUAAACAAGCCCUUGAUAUUGCUCUUCUUACUAUGUCGCCAAAGCAGCUUCAACUUCAACUAUACCGGAAACAUUUUGAUUCCAUGAAAACGAAACUCGAGAAUUGA